AUCACUAUAGGCAAAUGUAGGUUGACACCUGUGUCCAUCAGAGGACAUCAUAGAGCUCUUCUCUCCUGACAUCACUCUUAUCUGAGUUUCAUGGUAGUCUUACAUACGUGAUAAAUACAUUUAAACUCAGGUUUUUUGUCGCAUAGCCGACAAGGGCAGGUCACUGCACAUUCUUUUGUGCAAUCCUAUCUUUAACAUGUUUAAGCAGAUGCACACAGAUGUCUUGGUGUUUUAAGGAACUUAAAUUCCCUGACAACGGGAGCGUCGAUAGUUUGGUCUAUUUGGAGUAUUUACCCUGGAUGAAACUUCAGUUGAAUUGGCUACCACGCCUUAUCCACCCAUUCUAUUGAAUCGUCGUUUAACGUCGACUUCGUCGGGUUUCCAGUCCCUCCCACCUGGCGUCUCAGUCAUUGAGCAGGUGAACAAGUGUGAAACUGUUAAGUGUGUCUCAGCAUUGGGCAAGAGUGUUGUGUACAAGGACUGCCAAAGAAACAGGACCCCGUUAACUUUAGAAGAAUUACACUGACAGUAGCGCUUUUCUGGUCAAAAUGCAAUGGAACGCCGCUAAUUUUCGGAACGGGAUUUCGGUUUCGCCGUGCGUCAGUUGACAUCAGCGAACAACUUGUAAUUCAAGAUUUCAUUAACGUGGAUUAAACUGAACUGCAAAAGAACUUCAUUUUGGAUACACUACAUUGCAAACAUGAAUCCGUAAACAACUCACCUGUAUUUAAAGGCAUUUCCAGGUGCCCGAAGAUAUUAUGGGGAAAUGUCAACUUACGAUGGAUCCUGUGCAGGAGUGGGCUGAUGAGGUGGAAGACAACGUUGUAUAUGGGGUCACUCUGCGCCGUGAGCCUGUCCAGUCACCCACGGAACCAGCAGAGGACCAGCCCGUGUUCAGCUGUGUUCAGUACCGCACCCAUAAGGUCCGCAGGGUCAAGGCGGCCACCUUAGACCGCCUGGUGGACCAACUACUAUAUCCAGAAUGCCAGGACCCCGACUACAGCCGCAUCUUCCUAUCCACUUACCGAGCCUUCACCGAGCCCAGCACCCUCAUCCAGGUGCUUUUCCAGAGGGAUGAUAUGGUUGUUAAUCUGGACAACACCGUCUGCCUCCGGAGUCCCCUGCUGCCCCUGAUCCACAUGUGGCUGGAGGAGCUCCACGAGGACCUGCGGGAGCCUCCGCAGCACCCCACCCUCAGGCUGCUGGUCAGCCACCUCCGCCACCGCCUCUGCUUCCGCCGCCUCGCCUGCCAGGCUAAGGCCCUCCUCAAGAAGUUCCUAGAGGAAGAUCGCCAGACCGGCACUGCUGCCACUGCAGCUGAACCCAGCGCAGCCACACCAGACGAGGGAUCGGGGGUUCUGAGCAGCGAGGUCAGAGCCACUGAUCUACCACUUAACUUCAUGGACUUCACAGCACAGGACAUCGCAAUGCAGCUAACACAACUGGACGCCAAGCUCUUUGUCAAAGUGGUGCCAUUCCACUGUGUGGGGUGCGUGUGGUCCCAGCGAGACAAGAAGGAGAACCGCCACAUCGCCCCAACGGUGCGUGCCACCAUUGCCCAGUUCAACGCCGUCACCAACCGGGUGAUCACCUCGCUGCUGUGCCACCCCCCUGCGCCGCCCGGCGCCUCUCCCCGCUGCUCGUCCAGCAGCCCCACACAGAGGGCCAGGGUCAUCGAGAAGUGGAUCUCUGUGGCGCAGGAGUGCAGGCAGCUGAGGAACUUCUCCUCCUUGCGAGCGAUCCUAUCUGCACUGCAGUCUAAUGCAGUCUACAGGCUCAAGAGGACCUGGGCAGCGGUCAGCAGGGAGAGCCUUGAAGCCUUUGAUCAGCUGUGUGAGACGUUCCCUGAUGAGAACUGUGUGCUGACCAGCAGGGAGAUCUUGGUCGAGGAGGGCAGCCAGUCUCCAGAGGAGAACCCUGCUGCUCCCAAGUCCCCCAAACUCUGUCCUCUGUCCAGGCAGCUUGGCACCAGCAGCGGAAUCAUCCCUUACCUGGGCACUUACCUAACCGUCCUCACCAUGCUGGACACGGCGCUGAUGGACACAGUCGAGAGCGGACUCAUCAACUUUGAGAAGCGGAGAAGGGAGUUUGAGAUCCUCGCCCAGAUCAGGCAGCUGCAGGCCUCCUGCUCCAACUACAGGUUGAAGCCGCACCCCCACAUCUGCUCCUGGCUGACCGAGGGUAGUCUACUCACUGACCAACAGAGCUAUGAGCUGUCUCGAGGCCUGGAGCCCCCAGUGGACCCCUGUCCUGGUUCUCCCAGAUGGAGUCACCGCCUCCUCACCAAGAAGAUCUCCUCGUUCCUGAGCCACAGUGAGGGCUCGGGCAGGAAGACUCAUGCCGACCAGAUCAGCGUGUCCUCGUCCGGCUCCAGCGGCUCGGAGAUGGAGGACCUGUCCAGCCCUAGCUCCACGCCGCUCCAACUCAAACUCCAGUCUCUGUCCAGCUCCUGUCAGAAUGUGGCUGAGGACUUCACCCCGUGCUCAUCUGCGUCCCCCACUCCGUCCACCUCCUCCUGCAGCUCCUCCCAGGCCGAGCUGACCCCCCUCAGCCCCGACAGCUCCUCCUCCUCCAUCUCCUCCUCCAUCUCCACCUCCUCCUCCUCCUCCUCCUCUGCCUCCCCACCGCCAUGCGCCUCCACCCAUCCGGUCUACAACAAGCAGGUGGCCGACUCCUGCAUCGUCAGGGUCAGCGUGGAGUUUAGCACCAAUUGCAACGUCUACAAGAGCAUCCUGCUGACCAGUCAGGAUAAGACGGCACAGGUCGUCCAGAGGGCUCUGGAGAAGCACAACCUGGAGGGGAUGAGUUGCCAUGACUUCAGCCUUAGUCAGGUGCUGUCCCAGGACAAAGAGUUGCUGAUCCCAGACAAAGCCAACGUGUUCUACGCCAUGUGCACGUCGGCCAACUACGACUUUGUGCUCAGGCAGCGCUGGCGGAGCCACAGCAGAACUCUGGGGUCCUCCUCUAGCCCCGGCGCUGUGGGCCGAUGGCGGCACGGCAAGUGAACGCCACUGCUUGUCAGGGCGGCCGUUAGUGGUCACUAUAGCUCAGGAGCACCCCCUGCUGCUCGUUUGUGCAACUACAUGUGGUGAAGGAGCGCACGCAUCUGUCUACCUGAGCAGCUGUGUGCACACUGUGCAUAGUUAGAAACGUUUAGUGUAAAACAUCAGGUAAGGGAUCAGAUAAUGCUCAGAUCUCACACUCACAAAGAAGGAAAGGAAAGGACAUGGGAAACGUGCAAUGACAAGAAUAGAAAAAGAAGAAGGCACAAGUCUCUUGGGAACUAACUUUGGAAUUCGACAGAAAAGGAUACAAGUCGGAAUGGUUCUUAUUAAAAAGGACAAGGCUCUGUUCAGCAAUGAUCCCCAUAAACAUCUCAGCACUUUAGUACACUGCUGGCAGACCACUGCACUAGCUGCUCUCAUUCUGCAGUUUGCUCAGUGGAUGGUGUGAAGGAGUGGCUCGUGAUCUGAAGUGAAAAGAGCAUUCUGGUGAAGCGAGGUCUAGUUUAUAGAGAACUGUUUUACUCUGCAGUGAUUCCCACAGUGUGGUCCAAGCAGCAGGCACAUUGCCACUUUGUAAUAGGCAAUGCGACGGACCUUAGCGAUGGGACACAGACAAAGACCUCAAAGGACAAAGAAAUGAGCAGUGAACUCUGGUGCAACUGGGCAAAUGUUGGAGUGAGUUUGGCCACACAACCGUCGGCCGGAGAGAGUGCAAACAAGCAGACCAGCAAAGGAAUCAUGGGAACUGCUUGUGUGACCAGACUGAUGGUCCAGUGAGGGACUAAAAUGUUUUGAUCCUUUCUCUAACACAAACCUGCAAUAUGCUACUGCUUUUAGGCUAAUAAUUAUUACUGAGAAUUAUAAAUAUACGGUUAAUUGAAGAGAAAUUUAUAAGUAUCGAAAAAUGUUUGAGACUAGAUUUUUUUUCAGUCUUAAUUCAUUUUAAUGGCAUUACAUUUCAGUGUUAAUUUUUCAGAAGUAUGUUUGCGAAAUGUGAAUGCGAUCGUUUUUGCGAAUGUGAUGUUUUUGUUUAUGUCUGUCAGCUAAUGAAAUUCAUGCUUUGAGGACCUUUUUUAAACUUUAAUUAUAACAUGAGUAUAAAUGAGCAGGACAUGCACACCUAUGUUUGGGACAUCCACCAUUACUUGUGCACUCUGUAGUGAACGAGUGGAGGUUCUUAACACAGGGUGGACUAACCUAUAACUAACGAGGUAGCAGCACUGUCCUGUGUGUGUUCAAGUUCAUUCCAUUUGUGUUUAAGGAAGGAUUUUGUGUUUAAUGAAGGAUUUUGUGUUUAAUGAAGGAUUUUGUGUUUAAUGAAGGAUUUUUUUGUUUUCAGACAAAAAGCCAACACAAGCUAGAAAUGUAUGUUCUCUGAUGCCUCAUAAUGAGCUUAUCUAAAGAGUAAUGUGAUUCGGAGAAGCAGAGUGACCAUAAUGAGUUUAUCUAAAGUUAUGUGACUCGGAGAAGCAGAGUGACCAUAGGAAUGUGUCUGAGCGAUACUGGACAUGUGUUUUGAGUGUUCAUGUUUGGUCGCUGGAAUCAUGAAUGAGGUCAGCCAGAUGAUUGUGUAAUAGAGCUCCGUGUGGUCAGAUAUAGAACAGCGGUGGUGAAGCAAAUUCGCGCAAGUGACGUGCAAACAUGGUUAAAACGGUUAAAGUCUCUCAAAUGCACAAAGGACUUCUACUUCAAAUGCCAGCAGGAUGCCAGCAAGGCUUUGUGUACUGUAUGUAGUAACUGUAUGUCUGAAUGGUUUGUGUGUAAGGUUAAAUUAUUUCAAGCACUCUUGCCUAUAUUUUAAACUAUGAAAUAUUAAAUAAAAGUUAAUAUAACA